GCCGUCCCUGGUAGUCUAGGAUGGAUCUUGCCUGGUCGUCGUUUCUCUUUUGCCGCCGCGCCGCGGAGAGAGGCUCCGUGAAGGAGGCUGAAGGGGCGGCAGGAAGGGGGAAUGAUUGGCGGAGGCGGCUCCCCGUCCUCUGCUUGGAGCACCUGCAAAGGCCAUAUGAAGCACCCCUCUGUUGGCACCUUCCACUCCUGACAGGCAGGUGGCAUGGGGUUCCUUAGCUCCAAGAGCUCCUUAUUGGCUUUCCACCUGGGCCUCGUUGCUGGCUUUGUCAGCACUUUCUACCUUGUGGGCAAUCUGACCUGGGAAGGGCCUUUGCACCCAGGCACUCAGCCACCUCAUGGUUUCAAGGAUCCUGUGUGGAUUGUUGAUCGAUCGGCUCUCUUCAGUGUGGUACAUCCACACCUGGCAGGCGAAGAGAGCAGUCUGGCUGACGACCUCUAUGAUAAGGUGCGGAUCCUGUGCUGGGUCAUGACGGGCCCCAAGAACUUGGAGACGAAGGCCCGUCAUGUCAAGGCCACCUGGUCCCGUCACUGCAAUGUGGUCCUUUUCAUGAGCUCAGUACAAGAUAAAAACUUCCCCACAGUAGGGCUGGAAACGAAAGAAGGCCGGGACCAGCUCUAUUGGAAAACCAUCCGGGCUUUCCAGUAUGUGCAUCAGCACCAUUUGGAGCAGGCAGACUGGUUCCUCAAGGCUGAUGACGACACCUUUGUGGUGGUGGACAACCUCCGGUGGCUGCUCUCCAAUUAUACCCCUGACAGACCCAUCUAUUUCGGCAAGCGCUUCCGCCCCUUUGCCAAACAAGGCUACAUGAGUGGGGGCGCUGGUUAUGUGCUCAGCAAAGAGGCCCUGCGGCGUUUUGUGGCUGGCUUUGAUUCCAAGGUGUGCAGCCACACGACUUCUGUGGAAGACCUUGCUCUGGGCCAGUGCAUGGAGAAGAUGGGUGUGGAAGCCGGGGACUCCCGGGACACAGAGGGCAGAGAGACUUUCCAUCCUUUUGUGCCUGAAUCCCACCUCACUGACAAGUUCUCGAAAAGCUUCUGGUACUGGAACUAUUGCUAUUACCCCAUUGUGGAGGGUCCUCAGUGUUGCUCUGACCUAGCAAUCUCCUUCCACUAUGUGAGCUCAGAGCUGAUGUACACUCUGGAAUAUCUGACCUACCACCUCCGUGCCUAUGGCUACCGCUACCGCUACCAUCCACCUUUGCCAGAGAAUGCUGUUCAUCUCUUGUCCCACCCUCAGGGAGAUCUCCUGGAGAGAACUAACACCACUGUAUUACAGACUGAGAAGAAGAUGUAGGGACGGACACUUGGUAUGUGACUCUGGAGCAAACCAGCCACCACUUGAUGAGACUUGCUAUCAACCAUACCAGUGCCUCUGAUACCAGGACCCUGAUCGACUUUAGCUAUGAUCCUUGGGCCAUUUCUCAAUAGAAAACCAUCUCCUCAGAAAAUAACAGGAGCUGAAUAGGCAACGAGACCAAAUCCUUCACCCCCAAGGAUGUGUGUGCAUGUGUUUUGGCCAGAUAAGGGGAUUCUUUGUGUGUGUGCUUGCCAGAGAAGCCAUUUUAGGUUAUUGUGAGCUGAGAUCAGGCCUAACAUUGUGCUGUUUUACCCAAAGGAAGCCAUUUCCUUGUUAACUCUUGUUCCUGCUGCAAACCAGGUUGUUGUGCUCCGAGCAGAGUUUCUUCUAGCCUAGUGUCUGAUGAUGCAGAAGUCCAAAGCCUUCUACAUGAUGUGCACAGGGUUUGCUACUUAGUAAGGUCAUGCACACAAGCCGUUUCUGGGGUGGGGAGGACAGGUGGUGGUGGGGAAGGCAGGGUUGAACCUACCUUCCCCCCAGAUGAUCGGUCAUGUGUGUGGAGCGCGGCUUACGUGCCCACAUGAUCUGCGCUUCUCCAAGGAGCAUGGAUCUCUGGAGGCCGGGUAAAUGAGUCCUGGCCUCCAGGGAUCCCAAAAUGCACUGCACAAGCAUUGUCGUACAUUGAGGGAUUCCCUCUCAAGCAGGGCGUUCUAGGCACCUGGCACUGUGUCUGCUUGGGCUGCAUGCAGAGGGCAUGCUUGCACCCUCUAACCCAGGUAAAAGCUGGGAUAAAUUUCCAGGCUUGCUGGGGAGGCAGCACCAGGAUUGGUCUUGGUCCUAGCACUUCACAUGAGCAGCCAAACCCAGGCAGAGCUGCCCAAGCCUGGGUUUGGCUGCUUGUGUAAACAGCCUCAGUCUGUUGUCACAACCCAGCUGUGCUUGCUCCAGGUUUUGGGGUAGGUGUUCAAAUCUUGAAGAUACUUAGGCGAUACUUCAAAACUUGAAGUCUUAGGGGAACAUACCAGAUAUUAUGGUUUACUUGUUUACUUGUUUUAUCAUGAAUGAAACAAGGAAAGCAUACAUCUCCCCAGAUGGGUCUGUUAUACGUAUUCAGGUAUAUGUUUAUCCUUUAUUUUGUGAACAUAGUUUCAAAUAGGUUCCUAACCCUACCUAGCCAAAAGAUGUAAUUCACCCUCACCCCAUGUCCCAAAACUCAGUCACAAAAAUAAGUGCUCCAAAAUCCCAACAGUAAGUUUUCCCAACAUUCCGCCCUCCAAGCAUUCCGCCCCAUCUUACUUCAACAUCCCAUGUCCCAAACAAUCCUGCUUCCAUCCAGACAAGCCUCAGACCAAAGUUCAACACAAUGUUUUCCUCAGUAUAUUGGGGCUGGCAAACCUGGUUCUAGGAUUGUGGGGAGCAAGAGUUGUGGGGGAUUGUAUUCGUGGAUACCUCCUGGAAAACAAAACAGGCCACAGAAGGACAUGGCCCAUGUCAGCCCUGGGUGAGUUGGGCACAGAUUGCAUCACUGGAACAGAGCAAGAAGUCUCACAGAAGGGCCUGGUUUUUCCACUGAAGGAAGAAUAGGAAGAAUCCUGGCUGGACAGUGGAUGGUGGUACUGUGGUUGGGGGUCCCAGGAUCAUACCACUGCAAAGAGAAAAUGGAGCACACUGACCAAUUGUACCUUGACCAACUGUAUUGUUGUUCCACAGUGGUGGGUGGGUAAUAUCCUUCAGGUGAGCUGCUUUGUGACUGUGAGUGUGUAGCAUAGUGGCUAGGACAAUGAGCUACAAACCAGGAAAUUCCUCAUUCAAAUCUCACCCCUGCAAAAAAAACUCACUGGGUAGCCUUAGGUAAGCCACCAGUCUCUCAGCUUCGCACACAUGCACACACACAAUGUGGACAGCCAUACUGCUGUACCUUACAGAGUUCUUGUAAGGACGACAAGAUAAUGUGUGUGAAGCACUUUGAACACUUCAAACUAAGGGCUAUACAAAUGCCUUUAUUAUUCUUACAUCCUCUGUGCCUGCAAUUUCUGCCCUUAUCAGCUUGCUUCUUAUGCCAUCUGCUUUUAGUGUAUUCUGGCUAGAGAGGGUGUAUAUCUAAAGUAGGGGAGAUGUUGUUGCAGUUUGUGCAAAAUAUUGUUGCUGUGAGUCCAUUGCAUGAACUUUUAGACAGACCUGCUCUACACGGAUCCUCGCAUCUACAGAUGUGGCUGUGUGAUGGGAGGGACGGUCUUGGUAAUUUCAUCCAGAAAGUGAUGUUUUGUGCCAGAGUCAAUGGGUUAAGGCACAGGAAAACAAGCAAAAGGUAGUCAGGCAGACUACAUCCACAAUUUGCUGCUUGGAUUCAAAAGACAUGGAUCUGAAGAAUAUGUACAUUCUUCUGAGUUCCUGCAUGGUGCUUUUUAUUUCUGAAGAUCAUUCAUUGCUCCCAAGUGUCCCCUACUGGCUUUUGAUAUAUGGCAGUGGUAACAUUUUGUAGAACCAAUCUGGUGGUUAAGGUGUAUGCAGACCUUUGAGUUGUUCAGAGCUCUUUGUCAAGCUGAAUGGAAGGGCAACUCAUUUUCAGCUCCAUAUUCAGUAGGGCUAGAUCCCCUUAUAUGGCCAGAAAUAGUGCCUCUGUUUGAAUCAAGAGCUGAUACUGAACAAUUCCUAUUUUUGAGGACUGAUUUGUCUCCAUAGGACAAGGUUUGGGAGGUAGUGAAGGAGUGUUCUUGCCAUGGUGUGUUGCAAAAGCCUGGCAGUGUUAUGGAGACUCAGACUUCUCCGGCCUCUGUGUCUCCCUCUUGUUCUUGCCUGCUGGAACAAGAGGAGGAGCACAGGGCAAUAUAUCCGGAGGCAGUUUGGUUGCAGGGGUUUGUCAGUGGGUGUGUGGAGUAUGUGAAUGUGGUCCUAUUACAGUUUUUUACAUUAAUAAAAAUAAUUCAUACAACUUUCUAGAAGCUAAAUAAAGACACCCCACCCCCCCAAGCUUUCACCAUCUAGAUAGCUAUCCUGGUUUGAAAAAAAGGUGAGGGAGGAGAGGGCAACAAUGGUACAGUCUAUCCUCUGAGGUCAAGCAUUAUGAGGCACACGGAAUGCAUGAGGUAUCACACAAUUACUUUUGAAUCAAAAAUUGGGGUGGGGUCAAGAGUAAAAUAUGGUCAGGAGAAGCUUUUGUUGAUCAUUUGUGGAUAUGUGUGCAGUUACUGGAUGGGAGCUCAUAGAUGUACUGGCAAGAGGAUGUUUUUUGAUUUAUUUUUUAAUUACAGUCAGUGACCAGCAAUCAAAAGAUAAAAUAAAAAAUAAAAUUAAAGUAAAAUAAAAUCCAAACAGGACUGGGUAACAGAGCAUCAGAACAUAUACAUACAGAGUUCUCAACUACAGUUAAACAACUGCUCCCAUCUCAGUUUACAUGUGGCGGCACUGAAUCUUACUACUCCAGCUGUAAUUGCUGUAUACUGGUCUGCCAGAAGGAAGGAAGUACAAUACUCUUCCAAUUGACCUGACUCUUUUUUUAAAAAAGUUGUUCAGUUCAGGCAAUGCAAAUGUCCCUAUAAUAUAAACAGUAUAAAAGCACA